AUGUCUUCCGAAGUUGCUAAAAAAGAACCGAAAAAAUUUGAACCAUCUCCUUCAUUUGCCAAAAACUUAUAUGUUGGCAAAUUAGAACCAGCUCAAGUUUUUCCAUAUCCUAAUCCAUUAAGCAAUGAACAGAAAGAAACUGUUUCCAUGCUUACAGAUCCAUUUGAAAAAUUUUUUCAGGAAGUUAAUCAUCCUGAAAUAAAUGAUGCAAAUGAAGAAAUUGAGGCGCCAACAUUAAAUGGAUUAUGGGAUAUGGGUGCCUUUGGCAUUCAAGUACCUGAAGAUUUGGGAGGUUUAGGUUUAAGCAAUACACAAUAUGCUAGAUUAGUUGAAAUAGUUGGAAAAUAUGACCUUGCUGUUGGUAUUUGUCUUGGAGCGCAUCAAUCUAUUGGUUUCAAGGGUAUUUUAUUAUUUGGUACACCUGAACAAAAAAAAAAAUAUCUUCCAAGGGUUUCUACUGGAAAAGAAUAUGCUGCCUUUUGUCUGACAGAACCAACAGCUGGAAGUGAUGCUGCAUCGAUAAAAUCUCGAGCUGUCCUAUCACCUGAUGGCUCACAUUGGAUAUUAAACGGUUCAAAAAUUUGGAUAUCAAAUGGUGGAUUCGCUGAAAUAAUGACAGUAUUUGCUCAGACCACUGUUAAAAAUGAGGAAACGGGAGUUGAAAAAGAUGCAGUUACUGCUUUUAUAGUUGAAAGAAGUUUUGGAGGUGUCACAUCGGGUCCACCUGAAAAAAAAAUGGGUAUCAAAGCUUCCAACACGACUGAAGUAUUUUACGAUAAUGUUAAAAUUCCAAAAGAAAAUGUUUUGGGAGGUGUUGGAAACGGUUUUAAGGUAGCCAUGCAAAUUUUAAACAAUGGAAGAUUUGGAAUGGCUUCUGCUUUAGCUGGAACUAUGAGAUCAGCAACUGCCAAAGCGGUAGAAUUUGCCACUCAGAGAUUACAAUUUGGACAAAAAAUUGAAAAAUAUGCAACAAUUCAAGAAAAACUUGCCAAAAUGGCUAUGCUUCAAUAUGUAACGGAAAGUUUAGCUUACAUGAUAAGUGGAAACAUGGAUCAAGGGAGCACAGAUUAUCAAGUCGAAGCAGCCAUAUCAAAGUGUUUUGCAUCAGAGUCUGCUUGGACUGUGACAGACGAAGCCAUACAAAUAAUGGGUGGGAUGGGAUUUAUGAGACACAGCGGUUUAGAAAAAGUUUUAAGAGAUUUGAGAAUAUUUAGAAUUUUCGAAGGAACAAAUGAUAUUCUUCGUUUGUUUGUCGCAUUAAACGGCAUUCAAUAUUUGGAAAAAAGUUUAAGACAGUUGCAAAAAGAAGUUAAGGGUGUUAAUCUCGGCGUUAUUUUUAACGAAGCACAAAAAAGAGCAAGUAGACAAUUGAAUAUGGGGUUGGGUAUAUCAACCGGAAAUGCAGUUCAUUCAAAUUUUCAAAAUGAGGUUGCUUUAUUAACAAAGUGCAUAGAAAAAUUUGGAAAAUGCGCAGAAACGUUAAUAUUGAAAUACAAAAGAGAUAUUUUACACGAACAGUGUUACCUUCAUCGUUUGGCUCAAGCUACAUUUGAUAUUUACACAAUGGCGGUCGUUUUGUCGAGAUGCACGUCAACCUUACAAAAGGGUUUGCCUUCUGCUCCCUACGAAGAAUUAUUGACGAAACUUUGGUGUCACGAAGCAUCAGAAAGAGCCGUGCUUAAUUUGAAUAUGACAGAAGAUAAAAAUUACGAAAAGUCAUUUAAAAAUUACUCGAAAGUUGCUGGUAUGAUUUGCGAAAAUGGCGGACUCGUUCAAAUGAAUCCACUAAAUAUAUAA